AUGUCGCCCUCAACUUCGACCGCGGACACUCCUUCCACCAUGCCACGGAUCACAUCAUCCAGCGCCACCAACACUAGACUAGUCGAGAAGUCUCUGAGGAAUGAAGUGGAUACUCAGUCUCAUGGCAAGAGGGAUAGAACAAAGAAGCCUGGUGUCGUGUCAAGCGAGUGCAAGUCAACUACCGAUACGAAGUCAGUGAAGAUGAAAGGGGGGUCGAAGGGGGUCACCAGGCGAAAACCCACAGCCAGCGGCCCAGAUAUCCAGUCUAUCGAAUGGGACGAAGGAUAUUCUGUAUCCACCGAUAACCCCCCAACGGAUUGUGACAAAGAGACAUUUGAAUCAUUCGAUUGGGAUAGCGUAGGUGUACUCUAUACAGAUGAAUUACCGUACGAUCAAGAGCCCAGUACGGGUAUACCUAUACCUGAUUCUCAGGAUGAUCCUUGGGUGGAAACGAUGAUCGAAUAUCAAAUAGGGGAUAACGAUAUUGAUAUUCGACCCCCGGAGUGGUGGCAUAGAGAUGCUAGAAGUGGUAUACGUGAAUAG